GCGCGAUGAGAGCAUCUGUGGAGGGGUACCUACCCCUCCACAGAAUGGAAAAUUUACAGACAAGUGCAAGAGCGACCUUCCUAAUGCAGCCCGGCUAUUCGGCUAAGUGACCACACCUGUCAUGCACCCUCAAGCGCUAAGACACCUACCAUGCCUGUCAACAUAUUAGAAAUGGAAAAUCCAUCCGUAUGGUCUUCAGCGACACCACCAUCUGUCCUGACCCGACGGCUGAAUACGUCUUUUUGGAGUCGCAGACAAAGAUGUCGGAACCGCCUUUACCCUUUAUGACGUACGGAAGAAUGGACUCGGUAAGAACCGCGCAGAGCAGACGUAGUACACUUGAUGCUUCCAUUGCCUAGUACCUUUCCCAUCCGACUUCAACUUAUUCAGGCGUUACCUUGUUGUGCCCACACCAUAUCUACGCCUCACAUGACUCGAUACGUCUGCGUCAUUUCCUACCAUUUUGGUUUUUUAUCCGAUAUCUUCCCCUUCGUGGAGACAAUAAUACAAUGCUGUGAUUGCCUCCUGGAUGAUUUGUCUGUUCUCAGUCUACCAGACUUUGAUGUACAAGGCUGCGUGCUGUCCCGACGAGCACUGACAAUGUUGUCAGUCGGCAUGCCCGUCCGCUUCAGCACUAAAGCACACCGAGCCAGUUCUCGAAGUUUCUUGAUUGAAAAUAAGAGUGAACAGCAAUUAUUUGACGAGCGCAAGCCUAAAUCUACAUAGCACAAAACAGAACGCGAUAUAAUGAAAUACGAAAAACGGGUGUUGAAACUCAAUACGGUCUGCAGCACUCGGCUAUUGAAACUAGAGUGCUAAGUAUAGUACAUCAUGAUAGCAUGAGGAAGAGCAUCAGAAACAAGGAAACAUCACAGUCUGCACCGCUAAGGAGUUGAAACUAGCGUGCUUGGUAUCGUACAAAAUACGAGCGCAUAGUAUGCAUCGAAAAACAGAAAACUUGGCUCGAGCAUCAUCUACUUCUUCUCAGUCAAGUCCUUUGACAAGCGAUUUUCAAGAAUGAACUCAAGAAUCUUCUUCCCCAUUUCCUCCCUGUCGUAGCCUUGACGACAAAUCUCUUUCGCUCCU